CUAGUCUCUAGCAGACUAGUCUCUAGCUGACUAGUAGACUGAGACUCUCUCUCUCGUCACCUUUUACUGUAAUGAUGUGGUUUGGGCAAGACGCCAUAAUCGCCGAGUAGAACUAGGGAAGAAAAAAGAGAGGAGAAGGGGGCAUCAAUGUUAAAUUGGGAAGCGGAUUGGACCCGAGUUCGCAACAACACGCGAUUAUUGUGACAUGCAAAUCCGUGCUGGAUCUGUCAGAUUUGAAGGCCGGCGUCAUCAACCGUCCCAAGGAAGGCCGGAAUGCACUGCUGUGCUUCGUCGAGCGCCGGUUCAAAACUCUUCACACGUUCAGUCAAGUGGACGCCGAUGGUGCCCAGCUUCGACUUCGUAUGAAUCUGUCCAUCGCCGACCACGGAACCAGCGCUUCUCCUCUGCCUUGCGACUACGAUACGACCAGCCCCAGUUCCGUCCUCCAGGCCAGCUGAAUGAAGCCGCAACCGGUCGAAGGCUGUUUUACUGAUUUCGUUUUGUUUUUACCCCCGUCGGAACGGGGACGUUCCCGUGAUAGAUUUGGAUAACGGCCAGGCCGAAGACUCUAAGAAUAAUAAUAAUAAGAAGAACAACACCACCAACAGGAGCAGCAGUGUCCACAUUCACAUAGCGGCCGGUGGAUGGGCGGAAGAGGAGAUGAGUCAGCCGCGCGACGUGGCCCUGGUUCUCAAAUCGGCCCAACCUGUCGUUUGGAUUGUCUCUUCCACCUCUGUCCUGACGAGCUCGCUCAUGAUCCUGGCAGAGCACCAGGCGGAGAUUAUCGGACUUUCAGCCCGGCAACAGGCCGACGUGCGCAGCAACCGGAAUCUACCGUCAGAGUUUGAUCUUUUGAUCUUGUCGGUGACGGCCGAUCCCAAUCCGCCCGUCUCCUAUGUCAAAGUGCCGCCGGCCCCCAACAGCAUCGAGAUAGUCAUCGGAGAGAAGCAGCAGCAGCAGCAACUCCGCCUUCUAUCGUCGAGUAAGAUAGACUGUGGGGUCCAUUUGAGAGUUGUCGCUUGCCUCAUUCAUCCUCCGUUCUUCCUCCCUGGUAGCACGCCUCUAUCUAUAGGAUGUACGUCGCCCAUCUUUUGCAGCCGAGUGAGAUGUCUUAACCCGACGUCCAUAGGAUUGCCUAUGUCUAUACUAAUGUCGCGCUGUAAGACAUCUAAAUGGGUACGGCUUACAGCCGUCUUCAAAAGACUUAAAUUUAAGCAAAAAGAAAAAAAAGAAACGUUUCUCGAUGGGCGCGAAACCACGUUCUUUGGAGUGGUACUCCAGUGCUCUACCCACUACACCACUCUAUAUUACUUUUUAACUGUGUUUUGUUCAACGGCUUUAAAUUAAUACUAGCAGUUAAAAUUAUGAAAAUGUAAAGUCCUUGUCUUCCUAAGCUAUCCUGUGGACAGAUAAUUUGGACAUCUCACAGACGUCAUGUUACGUCUGUCUGUUAAGCGUCUAAUUUCUAGACACAAAUGGAUGUCCG